AGAUGGAAACUUAUGAAAAGUGAAAAUUUUGAUCAGAUGCUAUCUAUGAUUGGUGUUGAAGAGGAAGUAAUAAAUGUCAUUGACAUGCUUAAACCAGUCGUCACCUUUUCCCAAGACGGUGACUGUGUGGACUGUGUGGUCUAUAAAGUACAGUCCACCAUUCUUAAGACAGAAAACAAGUUCAGAUUAGGUGAAGAGUUUCAUGAUGAAGUUUUCCCUGGCAGAUUCUGCAAAAGUACUAUGACCCUGGAAGGAAAAAAACUCAUCCAUGUACAGCUCUAUAAGGGCUGGAUUAUCACGAUUGUCCGAGAGAUCCAGGAUGGGAAAAUGAUUGAGACUAGGACAUGUGAAGGUGUCCCAGCAGUUCUUAUAUAUGAGAGGGUGUAAAUGGACAAACUUCAUUGCUUCUUCAUCACUGACGUGCAGUAUGAAAACAUGCUUCAAAACCAUGAGAACGAAGAACUGCAAACAGCUGCAUAAGUCUGGAGCAAUA